AUGGCCAAGGCACGUACGAAGAAGCGCACACAUGUGCGGGCUCAAAAUGCGUCUGUCGCCGCCAAAAGCAGCAUGAGCAAAACUCCGAAGUCUAUGGUUAUCAGAGUCGGCGCUUCGCAGGUCGGUUCAAGUGUCAGCCAACUGGUCAAGGAUGUCCGUUUGAUGAUGGAGCCAGAUACAGCUGUACGGUUGAAGGAACGGAAAUCCAAUCGACUCAGAGACUACACGGCAAUGACGGGCCCUUUGGGUGUCACUCAUCUUAUGCUUUUCUCGAAAUCAGCUACAGGAAAUACUAAUAUGCGAUUGGCGCUUACACCUCGCGGUCCGACCCUUCAUUUCAAAGUCGAAAGCUAUUCUCUGUGCAGAGACGUUGAGAAGGCAUUGAAACGCCCAAGAGGUGGUGGCCAGGAUCACAAGACACCUCCUUUGCUAGUGAUGAACAAUUUUAACUCGACAAAUGCUACUGAGGAUUCGAAAGUACCGAAACGUCUAGAGAGCCUUACAACAACUAUCUUUCAGUCACUUUUCCCACCCAUCAAUCCUCAGGCUACGCCCCUCUCCUCCAUUCGCCGUGUGAUGCUUCUGAAUCGCGAACUUACCGCCGGAUCAGAGGAAGAGGAAGAUUCCUAUGUUUUGAAUCUAAGACAUUAUGCUAUCAGCACCAAAAAGACAGGCAUCUCGAAGCGUAUCCGACGCUUGGACCCCAAGGAGAUUCGCAGUCGGGAGAAGAGAAAGUCUGCCGUCCCAAACCUCGGGAAGUUGGAAGAUGCCGCCGACUAUCUUCUUGACCCAUCGGCCGCCGGCUAUACCUCGGCAAGCGAGACAGAAAUGGACACUGAUGCUGAGGUCGAGAUUGCAGAGAGCACCACAAAAAAGGUCUUGACAAAGAGAGAAUUGCAACGCAUGAAAUCCGGCGAGAAAGCAAAGGCCCAGAAAGCCAAUGUCCCAGAGGUGGAGAAACGCGCGGUCAAGCUCGUCGAACUGGGUCCACGUCUGAAACUUCGGCUAAUCAAGGUCGAAGAAGGUCUUUGUGAGGGCAGAGUAAUGUGGCACGACUACAUCAAAAAAUCAGAAAAAGAGGUCAAAUCAUUGGAUAAGAAUUGGGCCAAGAAGAAGAAGGAGAAGGAAGAGAGAAAGAAGCAGCAAAGAGCGAACAUUGAGAAGAAGAAACAGGACAAGGCCAAAGCUCGAGCUGAAGGAAAGGGUGGUGAAGAUGACGAGGACGAAGAAGACGUGGAUAUGGAUGAUGAGGAUGAUUGGCUCAGCGAUGACCUGGAAGACGAUGAAGAGGGACAAGCGCAGGAUAACGACGACGAAGAUGAGCCCAUGGAAGAAUGA